GCGCGAUUACGCCAGUUGAAAACGAUGUUCGCAAGUCUAUGCACGUACAUUUCAGCACAUAUAAAAGUGCGCCACCCCGAGAGCACGAGCAUCAAUCGAUCUUCGAUCUUCGAGCUCUUCGAGGCUUUCCUGAUCUUCAACAACCAGCAAACAUGAAAUACUUCACCGCUAUCGCCCUGUUCGCCCUGGUGGCCAUUGCAGCCCUCACGGAAGCGAAACCCACCGGGGUGGAGUCCAUCGAACCGGCGCGGGCCGCCGAGUCCACCUCGCCGGAAGCGGGCAGGAACAAGCGAGGAUUGUUGCUGAGCGCGGCUUAUACGGCGCCGCUCACUUACAGUGCAGCAUACACCGCGCCGGCCGUGGCAUACUCCGCAUACAGCUACCCCUAUGCGUACACGGCCUAUUCGAGCUACCCCUAUUACGCCGCCGCUUAUAGCGCACCCUAUUACUUGGCCUAGAUACGCGACCACAUGAGCCCGAGGGAACGCCGCCAAACUACCGACCAGCCUCUCUGAUUUCCACGGCGACAACCGCCAACUAGACCAGCUGCAUGAGGAGAAUACUCAAGACGCGAUCACGUAAGAUAGUUCAUCGACAAGUCUCUUAAGCAGAAUAACCACUACGUCAAAUGAAUUCUGCUUUCAUCAAGAAAAGUGUUUGAUUCGUUCAAAGUGAAAUGGGUUAUGUUAUCCUAUUUACUUGGAUUCGAUUCUAUUUUACGAGAUACGUACUUUACUCGAGUUACGCUGGUUAAUUCUUUGGAAAAUUAUUCAAGAUUCAUAUAAGCACACAACAAGUUAUGGGCAUGACAUAAAUAGCCAUUCAUAUGCAAGGUAGAGAUUCUAAGAGGAUCGCAAAUGAAUAGGAAGCGAACCAUACUAAGAACCAGGCCUUAUUCGAGUAAAGUACCUUCACUUUCGUUACCAGUAACACCUCUUGCAGUUGUCCGGGGACUAUGUCAUUCUCUUUCUAAAGAAAAUACUCGUGCUGUUUAUACGGUCUAGUUGAAAACACUUAUUACACUUAUCACUUAUAUGCACACAUAUAUACGUCUCUUAUUAAAUACUCUACGUAUUUACAUGAAAAUAAAUAAAACGGACUGUCCACCAUUUGGAUUUGUACAAAGAGAAUUACUCGUGCAACGCGAUAUAUAUUACUAUUGCAUUUCAUUAUGUAAAAUGUGAAAAAAGAUCAUAAAGCGUUGUCAAAGAACAUCUCUUUGCACACACAUAUACAAUGCAUUUAUAAACUAUAUAAUUCAGUAAUAACGUAUCUCAUUUAUAUUACUAAAUGCAGCGUAUUCUCUUAUUUUGUUUAAAUGUUUGUAUAAAUCUGAAUUUUCACGAGAAGAAUAUUCGCAACGUGAUAAUAUAUUAUAAUAUAUCUCAUUAUAU